UGGACACUCGGAUUACAAAUUGGCAUUAAAUGUGUGUCUCUACUCACUAAAUCUUUUCUGGCAUUUAAAAACAGUCCUAAUCAAUAGCUUGAAGUUGCUGCAUACAUUAGAACUUUCUUAAGAGAAAACAAGAAUGAAAGGACUUUCAAAAGAGAGUUUCACUGUUGCUGACUGGGCUGUAUUCUCGGGAAUCCUAUUCAUUUCGGCAUGCAUCGGAGUUUAUUAUGCUAUGGCAGGAGGAAAACAGAAAACUACUAAUGAGUUCCUAAUGGGAAACCACACUCUGCAAAUGGUUCCUGUAGCCAUUUCUAUCCUUGUUUCUUUUCUAUCAGCCAUUUUGAUUCUGGGAGCGCCUGCAGAGAUGUAUACUAAGGGGACACAGUAUUACUUGUAUGUGUUUGGACAAAUGGCGGCGGCAGCACUGGCUGCUUUCUUGUUUGUUCCACUUUUCUACCCACUGAAAUUAACAAGCAUGUACCAGUAUAUUGAACUGAGAUUCAAGUCCAGAGCUGCAAGACUGACGGCCACAGUCAUAAAUAUACUGUCCUCGUUAAUAUACACCGGGAUUGCAUCAUUUGCUCCUGCAACAGCCUUAGAAGCAGUAACUGGUUUUCCUGAGUGGGGCUCCUUUCUUCUGAUCGGUUUAGUUUGUACAUUUUACACUUUCAUGGGUGGGUUGAAAGCUGUUGUGUGGGUUGAUGCAUUUCAGGCCAUCAUCAUGUUUGGUUGUCUAUUUACUAUUGUGAUUAAGGCCACUGUAGAAGUAGGAGGAUUUUCUAAAGUGUGGGAACUGAAUGACCAGUGGGGUCGAAUAGACUUUUGGAACUUUGAUUUCGAUCCAACAGUUCGACACACCUUUUGGGCAUUAACAAUUGGAGGCAUGAUCAACUGGGUGGGGACAUUUGGAGCAAGUCAACAGAGCAUACAGAGGUUUAGUGCCUUGCCCUCACUCAGGGAAGCGAAAAUCGCUGUAUUGCUGAACUGUUUUGGACUCUUUCUGAUGGUAACAACAGCGUGUUUGGCGGGAAUUUCUGUGUUUGCUUUCUACGCAAUGAAAGGGUGUGAUCCAUAUACAGAUAAAGAAAUCAAAAGUUCCAACCAGAUCAUUCCACUCUUCGUGAUUCAGAUGUUGCAUGUUCCAGGAGUACCUGGAUUGUUUAUAGCUGGUCUCUUUAGUGGUGCUUUAAGUUCUGUAUCGUCCAAUCUCAGCUCACAAGUAGCCACAUCAUGGGAAGACAUAAUAAAACCUCAUGUCAAAAAUAAAUCUGAUAGAGUCCAUACAUGGAUAACCCGGAUGUUAGUGAUUUUAUUUGGAAUUCUGGGCUUGGGAGUUUCUUUUGUCGUAAAGAAUUUUGGAGGAAGUGUGUUACAGGUCGCUUUAAGCUUUAUGGGGGCUGCUAGCGGAGCACUAAAUGGCUUCGUGGUUCUAGGAGCGUUUUUCAGGUCAUGUAACUUUAUUGGAGCUAUGGUGGGACCACUUGUAUCCUAUGCUGUGAUGAUGUGGAUCGGUAUUGCUAAGUACAGUGUGAUAGGAGUAAAGGAAAAAUUGGACUUCCCUUCAGAAACCUGUUCUGCUAAUCUUAACCUAACGACUCCCUUGCCAUUUAUGACCUCCAUGAUCCAAGAGAAUCUAACUAGCUUUAAUUUUUCCACGCCUUAUUUCGACCAGACUGUGAUACCCACCAAUAUUUGGACUGCUAUCACAACACAGGCAACUGAAGUAGCCGAAGAGAGGUCUGUCCUUCAUGCUCUCUACUCCUUGUCCUAUUUGUGGUACUCCACUCUAGGAUUACUUAUAGCUGUCAUUGUGGGUCUCUCUGUCAGUUUAGCUACAGGACCAAUGAAAGCAGACGAAGUAGAUCCAAAAUACCUAAUACCCAUCUAUGAUUGGUUAUGUUGUUGUCUACCAGAGACCUGGAGGAAGAAAUCAUAUCAUUGUACAAGCUACGAAGAGGACCAGCCCAUAAGCAAUCCGGAUGGAAACACAGAGUCGUUCGCUGAUAUUAACGUGGUCCUUAAGGGGAUUAAAGAGAUUAGUAAUAGAGAUGGAAAUCAGACAAUGGAAGUUCAGAAUUUGUCUGCAAGAGAUUUGUGGAAGUCUGAUAUCAAUCAUGUUGUCCACUCCCAGUGAGACUAGAGGAACUAUACUGGCUAGACAGUAAACAUAUCAUUGUGUUCUGUCCUUUGUAUAUUGUUAAUUAGAGACUGAACGUUGUUAAACUUUAAACUUUUAAGGCUUUCUUGUUAGAAUUUAUGUUACAUCGCAGCUCUGUUAAGGCUGCAUAAAGGGGGCGGGGCCUAAUUUCUACGGGAAAAGUUUACUGUGACAUCACACAAAUAUAGCAAUUCCUCACAGUAACAGAAAAUGAAAUAAUUUGCGAAUCUAAACUGCAUAAGAGUAAUGAACUACAUUAAAACUUACCACUGCAUUCAUUUUUGUCGCUAGUUAAAUCCCACACAGCAAGAUAUAAACAAGUCACUGAUCGCAAUGCACUUGUCGACAUGACGUCAUCAUGGUAAAGUUUGACGCAUUUUAUGUGCAGUGAGAGGCGGAUCAAGUAAUUUUUUCACAGUGAAAAAUGCAUUUUAUUAUUAAGCAGAAUAUUAUUUGCAAAUCUUAGGUAGACCAUUAAUACAAAUCUGAAACGUUUGUUUAGUGCCAUUAUAUAAAAAAAAUAUCGAGAGAAUGUAUUGAAUUAAUUCUACCGUGUUUUUGUCUAUAGGGUGUGCAUGUUUCACGCUGAGGUGCCUCAUUAAAUCGCCUUUUCGCAAGGGCAUAUACUAAAUAGAUCUUGACCAUUUUUUGAAUACACAUAACGGACUUAUUCCUUAACUUGAAAAAUGCUGCUGCUUUCCCGAAAUCGAUAGCAUAAUUUGAUAAAUACAUAAAAUACUUGGUAAAAGUCACACAUAUUUCGACAUCAGUCAGAUAACUUGAAAUUUAAACUAAUAAAAUGCGAAUUCUAUUUAAAGCAGCGACACUUUUCAUAAACUACGAGUUAUGUAGAAACAAUCCAUUACUUUAAUUUUUAAUUUUAACUAGGGUAUGCCCUUGCGAUAUUGAAAUUUGUUUGUGACCUACAUACAGUACACAUUACAUGCAUUUAUCACGUGACUGUCAAAUAACAUGACCAAACCAAAUUCAGUACAGAGCGGGGUAUACAAUGUUAUUUCAAAGAAUGUUAAAGUCAUAAGAUAAUAUAGUACCUUUACAAAAAUAAAUUCAGUUUAAAAUGGUAUGUAUUCAUGCACGUUUACAUUCUGUUGACUUCUUUCAAGUACGCCUUAACAGUGCUGCGAUGUUUUUGACGGCUUUCCCCGUGCCGUCAAUGAACAAUUUUAAAUCUUUUUCUCUGCCCCUUGCAAUUGUCCAUCGAUUAAGUGAAAUUGAACGUUUUUAAAAUGUAACUCGAUUGAACUUAUCCUAUUACAAUUUAUAUCACAGUUACAUUAUAGUCAGUGAGUCGUAGAUUGGAAAUAUAAAA